AUGUCGAAUAUGAUGCACAAGGUGAAGGAGGCCUUGACUGGCCACCAUGGUGACUCCCACACCACGAACCAUGGCCCCCAUGAUUCCAAGAUCGCCAACAAGCUCGAUCCUCGGGUCGAUAGCGACCGUGACAACCGCGCUCGCCACGAGGCCAUGGGAGGUACUGCUGGUCCUCACUCCUCUGACACUGCCAACAAGCUCGAUCCCCGUGUAGACAGUGAUAGAGACAACCGUGGAACCACUACUGGCACCUAUGGUAGCGGCAAUACCUAUGGCACCAGCAACACUUACGGCAACACAAGCACGAAUGCUGGUCCUCACGACUCCAACAUUGCCAACAAGCUUGAUCCCCGAGUUGACAGUGACAGAGACAACCGCGCACGCCACGAAGCUAUGGGAGGCACUACCGGCCCUCACAAGUCCGACUUUGCCAACAAGCUAGACCCUCGUGUCGACAGUGACAGAGACAACCGUGGUACCACCACCAGCGGCUACGGCACAGGCACUACCACCGGCAACACCUACGGCAGCACCAGCUCCAACGUCGGCCCUCACGACUCGAACAUUGCCAACAAGCUCGACCCACGGGUUGACUCUGACGUGGAUAACCGCGCCAGGCACUCCGCCAUGGGCGGCACCGCUGGUCCCUACCGCUCCGACAUGGCGAACAAGCUCGAUCCCCGCAUCGACAGUGACAGAGAUAACCGUGGUAUGGGCACUGGCACCUACGGCACCGGAACCGGAGCGACAGGCGGCACUUACGGCACCACUUCCUCCAACGUCGGACCUCACGACUCCAACAUCGGCAACAAGCUCGACCCUCGUGUGGAUAGUGACAUGGACAACCGUGCUCAUCACCAGGCUAUGGCUGGAAGCAGUUACACUGGUACUGGUGUCGGUACUGGCGCCGGAACUACAGCUGGUCCACACAGUUCCAACGUUGCGAACAAGCUCGACCCUCGUGUCGAUUCGGACUUGGACAACAGUGCCACUAUGGGGACCCAGCGUGGUUUCUAA